AUGUCGCUCAUGGCUUUAUUGGCUCAACGCACGAAAUCUCCGCCUUCCUUCACUGUCGCCACCGCCUUUGAUCCCCUCGCGUCCACAAUCAAUGCUUCUCCUUCGUUGUCUAUCCCCUGUGGCGUUCCCCACGAUAAGCCCGAUGACGACCGCCUCUCAUGUCUUGGUCUGCCACUGUCUCUUCCUUACGAGGUCGAGUCAUUGGCAGAGAUGGACGACCGGCUCGAGCUCAUUGUGACGCGUUUGACCGAGUGUGUCAAAGCGCGCGAGUGGGGUCUUGGGUUCCGUAUGUGGAACUCUACGCUCAACAUCUGGAUGAGCAUGGGCUACCCCAUGAAGAAGGAGAUCCGCAUUCGUCUCAUCUUCCUGUUCUAUGAAAUCAUCUGUGGGUACUCACCGCCCUCGUACGCUAAUGACCCAGUCAUUCCAGGAAUGGGAACCUCGUUUGUUGAGGAUCGCGCCAAUGACCUCAUUGCUUUCCUCAGCGACCGCACAUUGAGUAUUCACGACUUGCGCAUUCCUUGGCGCCCUCUGUACGAUGCGUUGUACAACGAGCUGUUCCCCCACCCCAACAAGCUCGCCCGACACUCGGUCAAUCUCGCCCCAGUGUACCUCAAUGUGGCCGAGAUGGCGCAGAGGUUCUUCCACCCUUCAGAGGUGGACGAGAUGCUCGAGGUUAUUCUCCCCCAGUUUGACCCCAGCAUGGACUCGAUCCUUGCCACGCAGCUCUUCCUUGUCCACUUCCUGCCCAUUUCCCAUUGCCAAAGGUGGCUGCCCCUCAUCUUCCGCCUGUGGUACGGCCUUAACAGCGGAUUAUGGGACGAUCAGGCAUCAGAUCUCCUCGGACAGCUCGCCAUUGCCCACGUCGACCCCGCUCGUUCAGACCCCUCUCUGAUCGGGCGCAUUCCUCGUGGACGCGUCAACACCCCUGAGGAGCAGGCCAAGAACCCCAGCAUUCGCCGAGCGGAGAGGAUGCAUCGCCACCGCAUUCUCGACUACGAGGGCAAGGUCGUCAACGACGAGGACGGCCUCAACUAUUGGGUGGACCCCCAGCUGCUGCCACCCGAGGAGGAGACGAGCGACCCCAAGUGGGCGGGCAUUCGAAAGGAUGUCGGCAUCUUCACCGAGCAAGAGUUUGAGUUUGUCAUGUCCAAGUGUCUGAGGUCGCUCAACGUCCCCGUUGGAGGAUCAGUGGCGUCCCAGCAUAGCAUGUCGAUCACUGCUUCUGAUGCGCGCACCAGCAAGAAGAUCCUGGACGCCAAGAAGCCUAUCGACCGUACCCAAAGUCUGGCCGAGGUCAUCAUCUACAGCAUGGCUGAAGACUCUCCUAUCCAGCCUUUCGGGACCAACGGGGCCCCAACUCGUGCUGCCACUCCCGGCCCGAGCAACCUGCCCCACAGUGACCCCGUUUCGCGUUUAAAGAACGGUGCGGCAACGGCCAUGACUCGUUCCGGUAGCAAUGACUCGCUGGCCGCGGCCGGUGAGCGUAUUGAGCGCAGCCGCAAGUAUCUGGCUGGGUCCAAGGCACUCGACCACCUUUCGCAGCUCAUCACUAGCUGCGAGACCUUCUUCCACCCCAGCAACUCUGGCCCUUGGUCGGCCUUCCUUACCGUCUUCCUCUCACACCUUACCAACAACUUUGUUCAGCGCUGGAAGCAGGAGGAGGAGCCUACAUGCAAGACGCCAGCCGAGUGGCGCCUGACCCCAGAGAUCAAGCGAGCCUUUGUCCUCUGCCUGCGUCCAGUGGCCCUCACAGCCAUGUUCAACAAGGACAUGGAGUCUGCGCAGCCUGCAAUCUCGACUCUGCGCCGCCUGGCCAUCUUGGAGCCCGACCUCAUCAUGCCCGCCAUCAUGGAGCGCGCAGUUCCUUCUCUCCAGGGACUGGAGGAAACCCAGCGCACCGCGUCCGUGACGUUUGCCAUUGCCGCAGUCGCUGGUCCACUGUCCAGCAGGCAGCUGUGGCGUUUCGGUGGCAUGUACAUUGCCGACAUUCUGAGCUUGUUGCUGCCCGGUAUCGACCUCAACGACCCCACCAAGACGGGUCUGUCGUGCAUGGCCAUCUGCAACAUGGUCGACCAUAUCCGCGUUGCCGACAUCUCCAACGUUGACGAGGCCAAGGCCAGGGCCGUGAAGCCAGGCUCACGGGCUGUCCGUCUCAUUCAGCGACCCCGCGUGGAAGAUGACCCCAACGACCCAGUGUCGCAAGAGUUUGAGGACCUCUCGCCGCAGGAUGUUGAAGAGCGCCUGCGGUUGUCCACUGGAGCUUUCCGCGACUGGGUUCCAGAGUUCUUGGGACGCGUGCUACUCCUCUUCGCCAACCUCCCCGAGGAGGGUGGCAAGACUGGCCGUGCCGGCGGCAAGACCGAGAUGCUCACCUUGCAGAGCGUUCUGCACACCUGCGGUGCCAUCUUCGCUGCUCUGGAUGACCAGCUGUUUGAUGCCGCUCUCGAGCAGGUCGUCGAGUACGCCACGACCACCACCAGGUCCAACGCAGUGGACGCCGUCGGAGAGCUUGUCAAGAACCUCGCCGCUGCCAACGCCACCAAGGUGUUUGACAGGCUGUUCCCCAUCUGCUACCAGCGCAUCACCGCCGAGCUUCGAUCGGGCGCCUCGUCGACUCGUACUACGACGACGUCGAUCCCCCGCCCGUCUGACGCCGCCCUUCACUGGUGGCAGUCGAUCAUGUACGGCCUUCUGGUCCCCGGCCGCAUUUCGCUUCCAAAGCACCGCGCCGAGUACGUCGAUCUUCUCAAGUCGAUGAUUCGUGGCACCUACUCUGAGCGAGGAUGGGCCUGGACCGGCAAGAUCGUCGAGAAGACACUCAGCUGCCUGACUGCCCUCUACGUCGAGGAAAUGCACCUCCUCAACAAGCCAGACCGUGAGAGCGAGGACUUCAAGCUCAACCACACCUUGUGGUGGGGCAAGCUGUACCGCCCCUGCGAGGCCCUUCCUCAGUGGAGGCGACCCACCGACGCCGACGUCGACAUGGCGCUCGAGGUCAUUGGCCUGGCCGACGAGGCUGUUGGCACCCUCGAGCAGCUGCUCGACACGCGCACAGGCGACCAGGUUUGGAUCAACGAGUUCUGUCGCGCGAUGAACGUUGUCGACGAAGUCUUGCUUGGCACGUACUCGCUCAUCCAGGAGAACGGCAACAACAAGCUGGGAGGCGAACAGGCUCCGACGUCUCUGCCUGCCGAAAUGUGGGAGGCCUUGCCCGCUUACAAGGCUGGCUUCCUCCUUACGGACCCCUCGGACCCGCGUUACAUUCGCGUGUCCCAGUUCCGCACUCGUGCAGGUGAAAUGCUCGUCCGCGCCGCCGAGAUUAUGCGCAACGCUGGCGACUCGGACAGCUCUGUCGACAGUGUCAAGCUGCUUGUUACGACCAUUGGCUCGUGGUUGAUUUCGUACGGCAUGCGCUCCAAGAAGUACCAGGCCGCAUCCUCGGCAUACGACAACCUUCAGGCGAGCAAGCGCAUGUACGACGGGCAGCGCAAGCAGCACCGUUCAGUUCUUCUCGGCGCUGCGCAGGUUCACCACAGCAACCGUCUCAUGACGGCCAGCUACUACCGCGUGCGCUCCGCCCUCGACGACAAGCUCAUCAUGAGCAUGCUCGAGUUCUGUCUCUCGCCCUUCGUCCGCGUCCGUCGCCGUGCUCAGUCGCAGUUCGAUUCGAUCACCAAGACGUACCGUGGUGCCUGGGUGUUGACACCAUCCUUCCUAUUCAACGCGCUUCAGCCCGGCACCGACCCGGACCGUAUGAAGGGUGCCCUGUACGUCCUGCGGUACAACAUUACGGGCAUCAGCCGCAUCUCGCAUGACUGGCAGGGCCUCGUCCCUCUCGUUGAGUGCCUCCUCAAUGCUCACCACGAGACCAAGGCAUCUGUGCAGACUCUUGUCAACAAGGCUAUUGACGAGCUCCUCGCCAAGCUCCGCGAGCCUGUCACGUUCCGCCUGGAUCUCCGCGUGGAAGCCACAGACUUUGCAGCCGACGACCUCAUCGCCCUGCUGCAACACUACAAGCCCAGCCAGAGCGUCAUCGAGCGCACAGCGCAGGGCGACAUUGCUCGUCUCGACAAACAGAACGCGCAGUACGACUUGCUCAUUGACAGAGUUCGCGCCAAGGCCGCGGACCCUACUCUCAACUGGCGCUAUGUCCAGGCCGCCGCUCGCUUCCUUUACGCGAUGACUCGCCGCGACCGCCCAACCGACCCCCGUCUGCUCCAGUUCUUCCUCACCAAUGUGGCCAACGCCCACCCCAGAAUCCGCGACUACGGCUCUGCUGGUCUCACAAGGAUGCUGUUCCAGGCUACCGUGCGCACGUUUAGCCAGGAGUCGCUUGAGCGACUCUUCUUGCAGGAGCCCCUCGAUCCCUUCUCGCGCACGCUCGACCUCACCAAGGAGGUCGGCCCGGGCUUCACUGAAAAGUACCUCGCCAGCUUCAGGGAGGACCCGAGCGACGCUUCGGUCCUGCAAGACCGCGUCGACACUGGUUGGCUCGCCUGGGGCCGCACUAUGGAGGUGUCCCGCUUCUCCGGCUGGGACGAGGACGUCUUCAGUCUUGAGCCUGCGUGCAAGCCUGCUGUCGACCUGGUGAUCCAGUCUAUCAACGACCCUGCUUGGUGGAAGCAGCUGGCCGCCUACUGGUCGCAGGAGGAAACCCGCAACUACCCGUCUGCCAACCACAUCGACCUCAUCCUUGCCCUCUGCCAGGUUGUUGGCCGCCCUGUGCUUGACCAGAUCCGGCCCCUGGUUGACUCGAUGCUGGCCGACAUGGAGACCAAGAAGGUCUAUGACCGCCAUGUCACCCGCGCAAUGUGGGAGUUCCUCGCUGGUCUCUUACGCGGUACGUGGGAGUGGUCUGGCAAGGACCGCAAGGCAUUCUGGGACUGGUUUGCGCCCCUCCUCCCGGACCUGUUCCGCAACAUUCGCCAGGACACGAUCAAGUGUUGGGACAUUAGUGUCGAGUACUGUCUCCACGAGCAGGACCCCAGACGCUACAAGCCCCUGCUCGACUUUAUGCUCGACACUGCCCUCGGUGCCGACUUUGAAGGUGGUUCUGCCUUCAACCUGUCCCGCCGUGUCCAGCUGUCGCGCUCCGUCCUGCGCUCUCUCCGUUGGCGCUUUGCGGCCUGGUCUCCCGAUUUCGAGGCGCUGUACUUCAAGGCGCUCGACUGCCCGUACGCCGAAGUGCGCGCUCUCAUGGCGUCAGUUCUCAACGGCCUCGACCAGCUUCACUGGAACGCGUCGUACCCCUCAGCCACGGCCCUUGUCGACACCAUCUUGUCCGACCCCGACGACACCAAGGACAUCAUGGGCAUCCUCCAUCCGCCGUUCAUGUCGCGCCUGCAGGGCAUUGUCGACUCGCUCAAGGAGAUGCGCAAGGACCGUCCCCACGGCCCCAAGGCGAUCAUGUCGCCACACGACACGACGGCUGUCACGCUCAUGCACCUGCUGUCGAUCGAGCUGUCAGAUGUGCACGCCGUCAGCGCGUUCCCAUACAUCAUCCCCAUCCUGCCCGACAUCUUCGAGCUCCGUGAGAUGAAUGACAACACCGAGAUGCAGGGCAUCGCGGGACGUCUUCUCGCCUGGAUCACGUCGAUCACCCCGGCGUUUGUCCUCGUGGAGCCGCUUGUCAAGCAGCUCAUUGGCAUCCUGCAGAACUCGACUUCCUGGAGGACCAAGAUGCACUGCAUGCCGGUGCUCAGUCUGACCUACUUCCGCAACCUGGCUCUCCUGUCCGAGCCUUGCAAGGCCAAGUGCUUGGACGUGAUUUCGACCUGCCUCAAGGACCCCAACCAGGAGGUUCGCGAGAUGGCCUCGGUCACGCUUGCCGGCUUCCUGCGUUGCUCGCAGAGAUCCAUGGUCCUUGUACUCAAGGACCGCUUCACGCGCGAGAUUGGCAAGAUCAAGCUCCCUCGCCGUGUGCUCUCCCCUGGUCAGGUCAACCCCGAAUACCAGACCAAGCUGGUUGAGCUCCAUGCCGCCGUGCUCGGGGCCGUUGCUAUCGUCGAAGCAUUCCCGUACACGGUGCCCAAGUUUAUCCCGCCCCUCCUCGCGGACACCCUCGCGCCGCGCGUUUCCGAGCCCAUGCCCAUCUCUGCCACCAUUCGCAGCUGCAUCGCUUCCUUCAAGCGCACGCACGAGAAGUACCAGGAGCGCAUGACGGAAGACCAGCUUGCACAGAUCAACUAUGCCCAAGCGGGCAACUCAUACUGUGAGUUAUGCAUGAACAACAAGAACCAAGAUCGCAUCGCCACCGGCGUCAUGAAAGUGCCAGAACGCCAUGUGCUAGCAUGGUACACGUACGCGUUCGCCGCCGAGGUGUUCGUGGCGUGUGCUCUGGCCAUCUUCCUCCCCAUCACGCUGGAACGCAUGGCUCGCGAGAUCGGCUUCGAGGCGCCAGAGCUCACCAAGCCGUGCGCGCUGGAAGCGACGACCGAGGCGGUGUGCAAGGCGCGCAUCCUCGGCAAGUGGGUGGACACGACGUCGUUCUCGAUGUACGUCAAGUCGGCAGCCGUCUUGACGCAAGCGCUGGUCAUCAUCUCGAUCGGCGCGCUCGCCGACUCGGCCUACUGGCGCAAGAAGCUGCUGCUUUCCUUCGCGACGGUAGGCAGCUCGACCGGCGCGCUCUUCCUCGUGAUCCCGUCGCGGCCUUCACACUGGCUCCCGCUCGUUGCGGCGGCCAUCACGAUCGUGGGGAAUUUCACGUACGGCGCGAGCAUCGUGUGCGCGAAUGCCUUCUUGCCCGGCUUGGCGCGCGAGGACCCCACGGUGGCGGCGGCCAAGGCUGCGCUCGACGGGGUCUCGAAUGGGAAUGGCGAGGGGGGUGUCGACGCGCCGCCCGACACCCCGGCUGGGGAGGAGGACGCGCCGCUCCUGGACGACAGCGGCGCAGCGACGGCAAAGUACGCCGCGCUGUUCUCCGCGACCACCGCGCGGCUCAGCAGCACGGGCGUCGCCAUCGGCUUCUUCUCCGGCGUCGCGAUGCUCGCGCUGCUCGCCAUCCCCGUUGCGGCAGGGGGCGGGUCGACACGCUCUCUGUCCCUCGCGGUCGGGCUCAGCGGGCUCUGGUGGGGCGUGUGGACGGUCCCCGCUGGCCUAGGGCUGCCGUCCGGCCCCAAAGAGCGCGCGCCGCGCCACUGGCUCCGCGCGGCGUGGGUGCAUGUCGGGAGCAUGAUCCGGCCUAGUGAGAUGAAGACGCUGCCGAAUCUGUUUACUUAUCUCCUUGCUUGGGUGUUUCUGAGUGAUGGCUUCCACACGACAACGUACACGGCCAUCCUGUACGCCUCGUCGACGCUGCACAUGUCCGCCGCCAAAGUCAUCGUUAUCGGGCUGCUCGUGCAGCUGUUCGCCGUCGUCUCAUCCAUCCUCGCGCCGCGGGUGCAGGCGCGCCUCGGCCUCUCCAACCUCUACUUCCUCAUCUAUGUCGUCGUCGGCGCGCAGGUGCUCCCGCUGUAUGCGUGCGCUGGCCUGGUGCUGCCCUUUGGCGGGCUGCGGACCGAGGCGGAGAUGUACGUCGCGGCGGCUUGGUUUGGCUUUGUGAGUUGCGUUCUGUUCGGGUUGCCGGCGGCCGUGUCCCUAGGCCUCGCUCCCGACAUCGCGUCGCGUCGCCACAUCACUGACCACCCCUGCGCGCAGCUCUACGGCCCGUUCAACUCGUACGCCCGCGCAGUGUACGCCGAGCUCAUCCCGCCGGGGCACGAGUCGACCUUCUUCUCCCUCUUCUCGCUUACCGACAAGUCGGCGUCCUUCAUCGGCCCGUUCAUCGUCGGCAUCAUCGCCGAUGUGUCGGGCAACAUCCGGCUCGGGUUCGUGUUCCUCACGCUCAUGCUUGCCCUGCCCGUCCCUGUCCUGCUCAGAGUGCGCAUGCACGACGGGGUGCAGCAGGCCGCCGCGUGGUCGGUGCGCAAGGCUGAGACUUGGGCCGAAGGGGACGACGACGACGUCGACACUGCCGUCUAG